CUGUCAGUGAGCCAGGGACAGCCCAUGAAGCUCUGUGAAUGUUCACUGUUUAGUGGUACUUACAACUGCCGGUGAGUGUGAGGAUUUGGAAGUCACAGGAUUUGCUCAUACAAAUGUUUUUUCGAAUCUUUCUUCAGUUUAUCCACAGUCUUUCUACCACUGCAGUAGGGUUCCUUUCCGUGAUAAUGCACCGGCUCCCAGUCUUGAAGAAGUACAUGGGAAAUACUUAUCAGAAAAAAGCCGUCUUUGAGCAGCGGCAGAGUCUGCCAUGUAUUGCACCACUACUGACUACGGUGGAGGAGACGCCACAUGUCAUCUCUGCUCAAGUCCAGGGACAUUUUCCUAAGUGGCUCAAUGGCUAUCUACUUCGAAUUGGACCUGGGAAAUUUGAGUUUGGGAUGGACAAGUAUAAUCACUGGUUUGAUGGAAUGGCUUUGCUUCACCAGUUCAGGAUGGCAAAGGGAAUGGUGACAUACAGGAGCAAGUUUCUACAGAGUGAUACAUAUCAGGCUAACAGUGCUCAAAAUAGAAUUGUGAUCUCAGAAUUUGGCACACUGGCUCUCCCGGAUCCAUGCAAGAAUGUUUUUGAACGUUUCAUGUCAAAGUUUGAGCUGCCUGGUAAGCUGCAGGUGAUAGUGAAUAGUGAUGCCAUGAGUGACAACACUAAUGUCAACUAUGUGCAGUACAAGGGUGAUUACUACAUCAGUACUGAGACCAAUUUUAUGAAUAAAUUGGACAUUGAAACUCUGGAAAAAACAGAAAAGGUAGAUUGGAGUAAAUUUAUUGCUGUGAAUGGAGCAACUGCACAUCCUCAUUAUGACCCAGAUGGAACAGCUUACAAUCUGGGGAACUCCUAUGGGCCACAUGGUUCCUGCUAUAAUGUCAUUCGAGUUCCUCCAAAGAAGGAGAACCUUGAGGAGACAAUCCAUGGAGCCCAGGUGAUAUGUUCUAUUGCUUCUUCAGAGACGGGGAAGCCUUCUUACUACCAUAGCUUUGGAAUGACAGAGAACUACAUAAUCUUCAUUGAACAGCCUCUGAAGAUGAAUUUGUGGAAACUUGUCACUUCUAAAAUUCGGGGAGAGGCCUUUUCAGAUGGGAUAAGCUGGGAACCCCAGUUCAAUACACGGUUUCAUGUGGUGGAUAAACACACUGGACAGCUUCUUCCAGGAAUGUACUACAGCAAACCUUUUGUUACUUUUCAUCAAAUCAAUGCUUUUGAGGACCAGGGCUGUGUUAUAAUUGAUUUGUGCUGUCAAGAUAAUGGAAGAAUCCUAGACGUUUACCAACUGCAGAAUCUCAGGAAAGCUGGAGAAGGGCUUCAUCAGGUCUAUGAUUCAAUAGCCCGAUCUUGCCCUCGAAGGUUUGUUUUGCCCUUAAAUGUCAGUUUGAAUGCACCGGAGGAAGAGAACCUCAGUCCAUUGUCCUAUUCUUCAGCCACUGCUGUGAAAAAGACUGAUGGAAAGAUUUGGUGCACUCAUGAAAAUCUACAUUAUGAGGACCUGGAGAAGGAAGGGGGCAUUGAAUUUCCCCAGAUCAACUAUAGUCAAUUUAGUGGCAAAAAAUAUCGUUUCUUCUAUGGCUGUGGCUUUCGGCAUUUGGUAGGGGAUUCUCUGAUCAAGGUUGAUGUGGUGAACAAGACACUGAAGGUUUGGAGAGAAGAAGGCUUUUAUCCCUCAGAACCUGUUUUUGUUCCAGUACCAGGAGCCAAAGAAGAAGAUGGUGGGGUUAUUCUUUCUGUGGUGAUCACUCCCAACCAGAAUGAAAGUAAUUUUCUCCUAGUCUUGGAUGCCAAGAACUUUGAGGAACUGGGCCGAGCAGAGGUAUCUGUGCAAAUGCCUUAUGGAUUCCACGGCACCUUUGUACCCAUUUGAUGAGGCCUGGAACUAAGUUCAAAACAAGUGUGUUCCAUACAAAAGAAUAGCAAAAAGGGCACCCUACCUUUCAAACCAUAGUCAUUUGGUUUUAAAAUUUCUAUUAA